AUGAGUGUCACCAGUCGGGGGUUUUCCACGUGGCGCCUGUGCCUGAAGUCUACGGCCAGAGUACGACGAUUGUCAGUCAAAGCUGAUGGAUAUCGCGGCCAACGGGGGUACUCUCUCCUGUCAGAGCCUUAUCAACAGUCUCAUCAGAAACUCCAGCAGCCAGGGGAAACUCGCAACUUCAUUGAUAACGAGUUUCGAAAAUCCCAAGCCCAUGUAUGGGCAGAUCUCAAAGAUCCAGCAACUGGGCACCUUGUUACACGCGUGCCACUGAGCACAGACGACGAACUUGAAGCCGCAGUUGAGAGCGCCCAAAGGGCUUUCGAGACGUGGAAAGACCUGGGCAUUCUCAGAAGACAGCAGAUCAUGUUCCGCUUUGUCAGCCUCAUUAGGGAACACUGGGACAGGCUGGCAGCCAACAUUACGUUGGAGCAAGGCAAGACCCUGGCAGAUGCUCGUGGCGACGUCCUCAGGGGCCUGCAAGUGGCCGAGACCGCAUGUGGCAUUACAACUCAACUGACUGGUGAGGUGUUGGAGGUUUCGCAGGAUAUGGAGACAAGGAGUUAUCGGGAACCCCUUGGUGUUGUUGCAGCAAUUUGCCCUUUCAAUUUCCCAGCCAUGAUCCCUCUCUGGUGUAUCCCCAUCGCAACCAUAACAGGCAACACUAUCGUCGUCAAACCAUCGGAGCGGGAUCCUGGGGCGGCUAUGAUCCUAGCAGAGAUCGCUAAGGAAGCUGGAUUUCCUGACGGCGUAAUCAACAUCAUUCAUGGCACCAAGAGAGCAGUCGAUUUCAUUAUUCGUGAGCCUCGAAUCAAGGCUAUUAGCUUCGUCGGUGGAACGGCUACUGGCGAAUACAUCUUCGCCGAAGGCUCGGCUCAAGGCAAGCGAGUUCAAGCAAAUCUAGGGGCCAAAAAUCAUGCUAUCAUCAUGCCCGACAGUAACAGGAACCAAGCUCUCAAUGCUGUUCUUGGAGCUGCUUUCGGGGCCGCCGGCCAGCGUUGCAUGGCACUCAGUACCCUGGUUACCCUACCGGAGACCCAGUCCUGGAUACCGGAACUGGUCACUCGGGCAAGAGCACUGAGAGCAGGGCCGGGCUUUGACCCCGACUCUGACCUGGGGCCGGUCAUUUCACCUGAAAGCAAAGCCAGAAUCAACGGUCUCAUUGCCAGUGCAGAGGAAGAAGGCGCCCAAAUUCUACUCGACGGUCGAGAUUUUAGUCCAGAAGGCUAUGCGGAUGGCAAUUGGAUUGGGCCUACCAUCAUCGCAGGAGUCAAGCCUCACAUGAAGUGUUACCGAGAGGAGAUUUUUGGCCCGGUAUUGAUAUGUGUCGAGGCUCACGAUAUCGACGAUGCUAUCUCACUCAUCAACAAAAACGAGUAUGGAAAUGGCGUGUCGAUCUUCACGUCUUCGGGAAGCAACGCUUCGUAUUUCCAGAAAAAGAUCGAGGCCGGACAAGUGGGUGUCAACGUCCCAAUUCCGGUGCCGCUGCCCAUGUUCAGUUUCACCGGAAAUAAGCGCAGCGUGGCUGGAGGAGGUGUGGGCACCUUCUACGGGAAGCCGGGGUUGGCUUUCUAUACUCAGACAAAGACGGUGACGAGUCUGUGGAAGAGGGUAGACACUACAGGAACCAAGGCACAAGUCGCAAUGCCAGUACAGCAUUGA